AUGUCUUCGCCGGCUCCACGGAGGGGUCGCUCCGCAAAAUCGACGGCUUCGCCCACCUCGUCGGCUCGUGAGCCUCCCAGCAGCCCGAGUCAACAGCAGGCUACUCCCCGCGCUGCACGACGCCUGGCGGCUGAGCGAGCUGCGCAAUCAUCAUCGCCAAUGUUCUUCCAGUCAUCUCCCACCCGAUCAAACCGCGGAGCAGAGACGCCCGAUGUUCGGAUGGCUGAAGCGAGCUCGACUGUUGACGAUGGCGAGAGGACACCACGAGCCAACAAUGCAGGAAUUCGAGACUCCUCCCCAAUCAAUUAUGUUCCCAGCUCUUCACCGACCAGGGGCUUCGCCCGCAAUGAUAUCCGAUCCGACAUUCGCUCAGAUGCCAACAGUGUAAGCAGUGGACUUUUUGUCUCCCCGGGUGGCCAAGGUCGCCGGGGAGGACCCCGUCGUAGUGACCUCCACUCUGGCGGCUUUGGAUCGACUCCAUCUCGCAGAAACCGUCUUUUCGUGGACGCCAAUGGCAUGCCCUCUGGCGAUAACGCUCACCGGUCCGAUGCCACCUUCUCGAAUCUCAAUCCUGGCACCUCCGAGGCCGAAGCGAUGGCCGGCAACUCCUCUCGUGUCAUCUGGGGUACCAACAUCUCGAUCCAGGACUCCAUGUCUGCCUUUAAGAACUUUCUCUAUAAUUUCGCUACCAAGUACCGUCUUUGGGCGGACGGUGCCUCCGAGGACGAGACCCGGAUUCUGGGCGAUGCGGCCGAGAAGCGGGAAUACAUUACUUUGCUCAACGACAUGCGUCGACUCGGUAUGACGACUUUUAACUUGGAUGCUCGCAAUCUGAAGUCCUACCCCCUGACUAAGAAGCUGUGGCACCAAUUGCUGGCUUAUCCCCAAGAAAUUAUUCCGUUGAUGGAUCAGACUGUGAAGGAUGUGAUGGUGGAUCUGGCAUUGAAGGAGAUGGAUGUUCUGAGGUCUGAGCACCACCAGCGUGGUAUUCCUCGGGAUCGCCGCGGCCAGUCGAUUCUCACCUCUGAUGGUGCCGUGCCUGCGGCCGAGGUGCCCGACCUGGUCGGUGAAGUCGAGGCCAUGUCAUACAAGGUGCUUCCGUUCGGUUUGGACAAGACUGUGAACAUGAGAGAUCUCGACCCAGCUGAUAUGGAUAAGCUGGUCAGCAUCAAGGGUCUCGCUAUCCGUACCACUCCCAUCAUCCCCGAUAUGAAGGAAGCCUUCUUCCGCUGCCACGUCUGCAGCUACGGUGUCCAGGUUGACAUUGACCGUGGCCGUAUUGCGGAGCCAACUGUUUGCCCCCGUGAUUCUUGCAAGGAGAAGAACUCGAUGCAGCUCAUCCACAAUCGUUGCUCGUUCUCCGAUAAGCAAGUUAUCAAGCUCCAAGAAACCCCGGACAACGUGCCCGAUGGUCAAACCCCGCACUCGGUUUCUCUCUGUGUGUACGAUGAAUUGGUCGAUGUCUGCAAGGCUGGUGACCGUGUCGAGGUGACUGGUAUCUUCCGUUGCAACCCCAUGCGGGUCAGUGCCCGCCAGCGUUCCCAGAAGACACUGUUCAAGACCUACAUCGAUGUCCUGCAUGUCCAGAAGGUCGACCGCAAGAAGAUGGGUAUCGACAUGUCCACCGUCGAGCAGGAGAUGUCCGAGCAGGCGGCCGAGGCUGACCAGGCCCGCAAGAUCUCUGCGGAGGAAGAGGAGAAGAUCAAGCGCACUGCUUCACGUCCCGAUGUCUACGAGCUGCUGGCCCGUUCUUUGGCACCCAGUCUUUACGAGAUGGAUGACGUGAAGAAGGGUAUCUUGCUGCAACUGUUUGGCGGUACCAACAAAACUUUCCAGAAGGGAGGUAACCCCCGCUACCGUGGAGACAUCAACGUCCUCCUCUGUGGUGACCCCUCGACGGCCAAGUCGCAGCUGCUGCGCUAUGUCCACAAGAUCGCCCCUCGCGGUGUUUACACCAGUGGUAAGGGUUCGUCGGCCGUUGGUCUGACUGCCUAUGUCACUCGCGACCCCGAGACCAAGCAGAUGGUUCUCGAGUCUGGUGCCCUGGUCUUGUCAGAUGGCGGAACCUGCUGUAUCGAUGAAUUCGAUAAGAUGAACGAGGCGACCCGUUCCGUGCUUCACGAAGUGAUGGAACAGCAGACCGUGUCCAUUGCCAAGGCCGGUAUUAUCACGACCCUUAACGCCCGCACCUCUAUCCUGGCCUCCGCCAACCCCAUCGGCAGUCGCUACAACCCCCGUCUGCCCGUUCCGCAAAACAUCGAUCUCCCCCCGACCCUUCUCUCCCGUUUCGACCUGGUCUACCUGGUGCUCGACCGCGUGGAUGAAUCGGAAGAUCGCCGACUGGCCAAGCACUUGGUCAGCAUGUACCUGGAAGACACCCCCGACAACGCCAGCUCGGAGGAGAUCCUCCCCAUCGAGUUCCUGACGGCCUACAUCACCUACGCCAAGACUAAAAUCCACCCGGUCCUGACUCCUGCCGCCGGCACCGCUCUUGCGGACGCCUAUGUCGCCAUGCGCAAGCUGGGCGACGACAUCCGGGCCUCGGAGCGCCGCAUCACGGCCACCACCCGACAGCUGGAGUCGAUGAUCCGUCUCUCUGAAGCCCACGCCCGCAUGCGCCUCUCCACCGAGGUGACCGCAGACGACGUCGAAGAAGCCGUGCGUCUGAUUCGCUCGGCCAUCAAGCAGGCCGCGACAGACUCGCGCACGGGUCUGAUCGACAUGGGUCUCCUCACAGAGGGCACUAGUGCCAGCGAGCGACGCAUGCGCGAAGAUCUGAAGAAGGCGGUCCUGGCCCGUCUGGACGACCGUGGCGGCGUGGGCGGCGCGGCCGUGCGAUGGAGCGAUCUGUUCCGCGACAUGAGCGAGCAGAGCGAUGUGUCGCUGGACCACAACCAGUUCGGUGAUGCGGUGCGUUCGCUGGAGCAGGAGGGCGCGGUGCACGUGUCGGGCGAUGGGGCCCGGCGCAGUAUCCGCAAGGCGGCGGCCGGCCUGUCCUAG